AUGCAUAGGCAUAAACAACAAACUCUAUCAGAGCUAAAACUUCGUCGAGUCUUGGAAUUUAAUCAAAGAUUGCGGGAAGAUUUAGAUCGUCCACGAGUCAAAGUUAGCCAAGCUAGCAAAAAAUUGAUUGAUUAUUGCAAAAAUACUAGAGAUAACUUAGUACCAUCAAUAUGGGGUCCAGUUGAUAAAAGUGAUGAUCAAUAUGCACAAACUGGCAAAAAAUGUUUUCUUUGUGAAAUUUUGUAG